AUGGUCAAGAGCAAGAUCCAGACCCAGAAAUGGAGGAGAGCACCAAAGAUCGAUCACAAUCUCUGCGCAGAUCUCCUUCGCCAGUGCGGCAAUUCGAAGUCGCUGGAUCGAGGGAAGCAGCUCCACGCGCUGGCCGCGAGCGAUGGAUCUGACCAAUCAACAUUCCUCGGCAAUGCUCUGAUCCAAAUGUAUGGGAGCUGCGGGAGCCCUGGCGACGCUCGAUCGGUCUUUGACAACCUCCGUGAUCGCAACGUCUUCUCAUGGAACAUCCUGAUCGCGGCAUAUACCCGGAAUGGGCGUCUCGCCGAUGCGAAUCUUUUGUUUCGCACGGCGCCCAAGAGAGACGUCGUGACCUGGAAUGAGAUGCUCACUGCCUUCUCGCAAAGUGGCGAUUGCGAGAGCUCUAGGGUUUUGUUCGCUCGAAUGCCACGGCAUGAUGUGGUGUCAUGGAACGCGAUGCUCGCGGCAUUUGCCCAGAGCGGGCAAAUCGAACGCGCGAAAGCGAGCUUUGCUUCCAUGCCCGAGAGGAAUGUCGUGUCCUGGAACGCGAUCGUCGCGGCCUAUGCCCAGAACGCGCUCGAUACCGCCGAGCUCCAGGUCCUGGAGAGGAUGGAAGAGGAGAAGAUCGAGCCCAACGCGAUUACCUUUGCCGGAGCGCUGGACACCUGCGGCGAUCUGGAAUCCGGGAGGAAAAUCCACGCCAAGAUCGUGGAGCUCGGAUGCGAGCAGGAGAUCGCGGUCGCGACGUGCCUGGUGAGAAUGUAUGGGCGAUUUGGUCGCGCGGAGGAGGCGGGCAAGAUCUUCCUCGCGAGCUCGAGCUCCAGGGCGCCGGAUUUGAUCCUGGUCACGGCGAUGGUGGCCGCGCACGCGCAGAGCGGGCAGAACAAGGAUGCGCUGGAGCUCUUCGCGAGGAUGGAUCUGGAUGGCGUGCAGCCGGAUUGCAAGGCGCUCUCGGCGAUCGUGGAUGCGUGCUCGUCGAGCGCUGAGUGGAAGAUCAUCCAUCGAAAUAUGCUGGAGGCCGGGAUUGUGCCCGAUCUAGCGCUGGGGACGGCGCUCAUCAAUCUCUACGGGAAAUCCGGUGGAAUCGAGGAGGCGAGGGCGGUGUUCUUGGCCAUGGAGGAGAGGAACGAGGUCUCCUGGACGGCUAUGGUGGCAGCAUUUGCCCAGACUGGGCACACGGCCGAGGCGCUAGGGUUCUUCCUGGCGAUGAACGUCGAGGGAAUCUAUCCCGACGCGAUCACAUUCGUGAGCGUGCUGAGCGCUUGCAGCCAUGGCGGCAAGAAAUCGCUGGCCCGGGACUACUUCCUCGCCCUCCAGAUCGAUUAUGGGUAUUUGCCAGGAUUGAGCCAUUUCGCGUGCUUGGUGGAUGCCCUGGGACGAUCCGGGGAGCUGGAGAAUGCCGAGGCGCUGAUGCGAGUGAUGCCGUUCGUGCCGGAUGGAUUGGCUUGGAUCACGCUCGUCGGCGCUUGCGCUGUUCAUGGCGAUUGGCACAGGGCCGUGGCUGCUGGCGUCGAUUCUGUGACGCUCAAUUCCGAGAGCUCGGCGCCAUAUGUGCUGCUCUACAACAUUCUAGGGUUCUUGGAACCCUAG